AUGAAGUCUGCCAUCAUUCCUCUGGCCAUUGCCGCCAAGUUCGCCUUUGCCAACCCCAUCGACGCGCGCCAAGUCUCCGACGCCCCGGCCUUCACCGCCGCCGCCGAUGCUCUCAUCUCGGCCUACAUUCCCACCGACCAGUGGGACUCCCUGACCUCGGCCUUCGGCUCCGCCGCCAGCGCCGCCAGCGUCACCGGCGACCUCAAGUCUUACAUCUACUCCGUCCUCAAGGCCACCAGCACCCCGGACUGGUUCGCCGCGGCUAUCCCGACUCAGUACACCAGCCAGUACGGCGCCCUCGAGUCCGCCAUUGAGAGCCUUCGCCCCACUGCCGCUCCGGCCGGCACCCCCGUGCCCACCGUCAUCGCCGUGACCACCACCAACUCGGACGGCAGCACCAUCACCACCGAGAUCUCCGCCACUGUCACCCCCAUCCCGACCACAAUCACCACCGACGUCGUGCCCACGCUCUCCGCCAGCGUCGUCACCGGAACCGACUCCGCCGGUAGUGCCUUCACCUCCACUGUCGUGAACACCGCGUCCGAGUCCGCUACUGGAACUGCUGUUACCACCGGUGCCUCCGAGUCCGCCUCCGAGUCCAGCGGCGCUUCCGCCACUGACGCCUCCGGCUCUGCUACCGGUUCUGCCGCACCCUCCUCCACUGAGGCCCCCAACGCUGCCCCGACCGCCAUGGUUCACGGCCUCGCCGCUGUUGCCGCUGGUGUUGUCGGUCUCAUCAUGGCCUUCUAA